UAUAAUAUUAUAAGAAGAAUUAAGAAUAAGAAAAAAAAAAGAGGAAAAAUUAGGAACCUUCAACCAUUCCCUUAAUUUUUCCUUCUAUAAAAGAAAACCAUAAUUCAAUAGAGAAUCAUCCCUAAAAAUAUCCUUUAACAUAGUAGUAAAUCAGCAAACAAUUAUAAUCAAAGUUGUGAUAUGGAACAAGUGAAGUUGCUAGGUUUUUGGUAUAGCCCAUUUACUAAUAGGGUUGUGGCUCUAAAGCUUAAAGGAGUCAAAUAUGAAUAUAUAGAAGAAGAUCGAUAUAACAAGAGCUCUUUACUUCUUGAAUCGAAUCCUAUUUACAAGAAAGUCCCAGUGCUCAUUCACAAUGACAAGCCCAUUUGUGAUUCUAUGGUCAUUCUUGAGUACAUUGACGAGACAUUUGAAGGCCCUUCCAUCUUGCCUAAAGACCCUUAUGAUCGUGCUUUAGCUCGUUUCUGGGCUAAGUUCCUUGAUGACAAGGUGGUUACGGUGGUAAAUGCAUUCUUAGGCAAAGGAGAGGAGAAUGAGAAAGCUAAAGAGGAAGUUUAUGAGAUGUUGAAAAUUCUUGAUAAUGAACUCAAAAACAAGAAGUUUUUUGUGGGUGACAAAUUUGGAAUUGCUGAUAUUGUUGCAAAUUUGGUUGGACUUUGGCUUGGAGUUUUCCAAGAAGGCUCUGGAGUCGAAUUAGUAACAAGCGAAAAAUUUCCAAAUUUCUGUAGUUGGAGAGAUGAGUACGUUAAUUGCAGUCAAGUCAAGGAGUAUCUGCCUCGAAGAGAUGAUUUGCUUGCUUUUUUCCAAGCUUUCACUCGUGCUCAAGCUGCAGCUUCUGCUUCUACUCAAAAAUAAAACAUAUUUGUACUUUAUUAAUGUUGUUCCAAAUUAUGUGUCUUGAAUAAAAUUGUGAAUCUUCAUUGAUUUCAAUUAUGUAUUGGUAUGCAAAAGAAAAAAAAUAAAAUAUUGCCCCCACUUACUUUA